AUAUAUACAAUAUAAAAGUUAAUAAAUGGCUGCAGCUAUAUGUCCAUAUAAUAGCUAUAUAUAGCAAUGCUUAUGAACUGUGUCAGUGUGUUAGCUCUAUUGCUUUUGAUGUCUACAUUGCCUCCAGGCACUCAUGAAGCUGCCUGUGACGAUGUUCAUUCAAUCGCGGUAAGAAACUCUGACGAUGGCAAAGGCGCCAUUCUUUCAAUCUUCAUUCUUUCAACCUCAAAAGCUUUCACACUUUAUGUUCCUAAUCACCCCCUCCCAUUGUUGGAGUGUGGUGAAAACUUCUACAAGUGCAACGUCCUUGCAUUCGAUUACAAUCACCAAUACUACGUUAUUGUACCAUCCAUUGGGGGCUUCUUGUGGCUUCAGUAUUCUCCAAAACAAAUUAAACUACCAGAAGUUCACUUUCAAAAAGUUACCAGACCUUGUAGCCCAACCAAACUCUACUAUGGAGGUGGGGUAAAUGAUUUUCGUGUGAUGAUGUCUUGUUUUAAUGCAUCAGCUCAAAGUGAUAAUCGAAGUUCACUUUAUUAUAUUGAUUUUUUAUACUCAGUUACCAAUAAUAUCACCACUUUUAGUGAGAGGCUCUCAUCACCACGGGAACCAAUAUUUGAUCCAGACACAGUAUCUGAGGCGGUUCGUGCAGCUGGUUUAUCUUUACACGGCUGUUUUAUUGACGAGGAAUUGUAUGUGUUGGAUGAAGCAUACCCCUUACACACUCACACUGAACCAUCAAGACUAGAUCCCUUAUUUGUGGAAGAAGCACCACUUAAAAACUGUUCCGAUUAUUAUCAUAUUGAGUAUAAUGAUCGAGGCAGUCUCAUCAUAUACUGUACAAAUCAGACAGCUGUUGUAUAUAAUAUGUGUACGGGAGAAGCAAGCUAUUAUGCUAUCGAUACAACUGGUAUUCCAUACUCGUGCUCAAGGGACUACACUGUUUACAGGCACACUAACAAACUGGUUAUCAUUAACACUGACAACAGUAAUCGUACAGAAAUUGAGUUCAACAAUCCUAACAUCGUAUACGGAAAGUGUAUUGAUAUUACUGGUGAUCUGUACUUCUGGGGGCUUACUGAUAAUAACACUUUAUUGAGAGUUUCUGUUUCACAGCAAUUAACUGCAAUCGUCGUGACUAAAUUGUGUCACCUUAACAAUACUUGCCUCAGGCCAAUGUUUAAUGUACAAGGAACAGUACACAGCUAUUUCGACCCAGUCACAUUGACAAACAAGGUUGUAAACUCAAGUAAUGGACAAGGAUUGCCAGUGUUUUCUCUGCCCUUUCACCCAGACAUGUACACUAUACACACAAGCCCGGAUACUCUUUCUUGUGAGAAUAAUCCGACUCACGCUCCAACAAUGAGUACUAACACAGUAAAUGUUCCACAAAACUCUUCUGCAAGUAUUAUUUCUUUGUUUAUACAACCCAUUCUUUUACUAGCACUAGUCUUCAUUGUUUUUAAUGUACUAUAAUGUGAGUAUACUAAGCAAUAAAAUUAAUCUAUAUACCGUAC